AUGGAGAAUGCACAUAAAACGAUAGUAAGUCAGGUCUGGAGGAUGCGGAAAUCAUUUGGAACUGAAAUACAGUACGCACGUCUUGGCGUCUGGACUCGUGGAUCGCGCUGCCUUCUUGGCCCUAGUGCUGUGGGCGCGCGGGUCCUGUCCGUCCGCCUGGCGGCGUCCUCUGGCGACCUCGUCGUCCUCUCUGUGGAGGACGGAGUUGCCCCUGCGCAGGAACUUCACCUUCCUCAGCACGUGCGCCACGCACACGGCGUUGGCUACGAGCAACGCGCACGCGGGCCCGAAGUAGAAGAGGGCGGAGCCCGACUUGUGGCGAAGGGACAUCCACAGGAAGCCUGUAAAUCAACGCUCUCUGAUGGAAUAUUUGGAUUUGAUACGAAGCAGGAAGUGACAUUACGCAAUUAG